GGAUCAUCCACAUCGCCAUCGCCGCCAUGAUUGCGUCGAAGCGGCAAGCACUGGGAAGCAAGACGGGGAACUCCCGCUUCAGUCUGUUGCUGCUGGAAGAUGGAGAGUUCUUCCUCGAUGACUUCAGCGUGCUCAAGUACCCCGACCCAGUGUUUCAAUGCCUCACCUUUGACGCAUGCAUUCAAAGAAAGGUCCAAGGUCGAUUGAAGCUCUGCACACGCAGCAUCAUGUUUGAACCACAAGACGUCAUGCAACCCAUCUUGAAGUUUCCGUUUCGAGACAUGGACGUGUCCCCGCGCGCCGAGAUCUUUGACGAAGAAUCGAACGAGUUGUAUCUGUCCUUCGACUGCAACGCCGUGGUAGAGAUGAAGGAGCGCAACGUCGACCACCCGUACACCCACCGCGUGCUGGCCAACUCGAGCGUGUACAGCACCAAAAUGAUUUUCUCGCUCGUGCAUUCCAAGAUCCACGACUUCCUCCAAGCCAUCACGCCGCUCUGGUCCCUCUCGCACAAGAAGAGCGUGCUCAACAAGAUCGACGAAGAGCGCUUCUUGGCGCCGGUGCUCGAGCCCCGCCACACGGACGUGUUCGAUGCGAGUUUGCUCGUGGAUUUCCGCGAACGACCGCUGUAUACAAAGUGCAAACUCGUGGAUCGGAUCGUGCCCCUGCUCAAGUUUCCCGGCGCCAUGAUGCUCACCAACCUCAGAGUGUACUUCCAACCGGCGCAAAUCAACAACAUUGGCGACCCCGUGCUCAAUUUUGAAUACACCAAGGUUGUGUGGCUGCAUAAACGGCGUCACAUGCUCAAGCAAUGCGGCCUCGAAGUGCUGCUGGACGACCGCCAGAGCUUUUUCUACUCGUUUCGGUCCAUGGAAGAUCGCGAUGAGAUUUAUGCGACGAUGUUACAGCAGCCGGGGCUGAAUCAAACGCUGCAGCAGAAUUGCACCCGGGAAAUGCUCUUCAAGUGGCAGCACCGCCAAGUGUCGAAUUUCGAGUACCUGUCGUUUCUCAACGACCAAGCUGGACGCACGACCAACGACCUGACCCAGUACCCAGUGUUUCCGUGGGUGAUAGCCGACUACAAGACGGAUCGACUGGAUCUCACCGACCCACAUACGUUUCGAGACUUGUCGAAACCCGUGGGCGCGUUGAACGCUGAUCGGCUUGGGUACUUCCAGCAGCGCUUUCACAACAUGCCGAGUGGGAUGGAGGCCGAGGGGCUGCCGCCGCCUUUUUUGUACGGCACGCACUACUCGACCCCUGGCUACGUACUGUUUUACCUGGUCCGCAUGGCGCCAGAGUACAUGCUGUGCCUGCAAAACGGCAAAUUCGAUGCCCCCGACCGCCUCUUUCGAAGCAUUGCCGACACGUACCAAAGCUGCUUGACCAACCACGCAGACUUGAAAGAGUUGAUCCCUGCAUUUUACGACACGGACAGUCCCCACGUUUGCGAAUGGCUUCAGAACACGCGCAAUUUGGACUUGGGCACGACGCAAACCCUGGCCCGGGUGGGCGACGUGGACUUGCCGCCGUGGGCCGACUCUGCCCAUGACUUUGUCGAGAAGCAUCGGGAAGCGCUGGAAUGCGAUUACGUGUCCGAGCAUCUGCACGAGUGGAUCGAUUUGAUCUUUGGCUACAAGCAGCAAGGCGCCGAGGCGCUGGCCGCCAACAAUUUGUUUUACUACCUAUCGUACGAAGGCGCGGUGAACCUCGAGACGGUCACCGACCCCGUCGACCGGUGUUCAUUUGAGGCCCAGAUCCAAGAGUUUGGCCAGACGCCCAAGCUUCUCUUCCAGAGCCCGCAUCCGGCGCGGUCGCAGGUCGGCAUGGACGUGUCGCUGGCCCCUAUGGACGUGGCCACCCCGCCUCCAGUUUUGCCGUCGGUUUCCACUCGUCUGACAAGCGAAGAAGACCUUCCGGAAGGGGUGGAGCAACCCUUGGUUGCAUCAUCAUCGUCGUCGUCGUCGUCCUGGGGGUUCAAGCGGCCCACGCUGAGCAGCACCUUUAGCGGCCUCACCAAAAACGUGAGCGGAUUCAAAGCCAGCCUUCGCCGACGCUGCAUGGAAAGGUCUAGCUGGGGCUGGACAUUUGACUACACGACGGCCGCCGCCAUGUGGGACGAAUCGCUGCCCCACUUUUUGCACUCCAAAGCGAUCACAUGCGUGAGCUUGUCCAAGGACAUGAAGACAGUCUUCACCACGUCGGAUGACGGCACGUUCAAGAUCUCGUCCAGCGACGACGGCGUCGUGCGCCGAAGCUACACUUGUGCGGGGCCGGUGCGCUGUCUGGACGUGUCUGCCGACGAGAAGUACGCGUUCUUCGGGUCUGCAGACUUGUACAUGUUUGCGCUGGAAACUGGUCGUGUGGGCAAGCUCAGCCUGGCGCACGCGGCCGCGGUGACGGGGGUGUGUGUCGUGGAUGACUCGAAAUUCGUCACGUGCUCGUUGGAUGGCACGAUCAAGGUGUGGCAAUAUGGACCUAUGGGCAUGCUGUCGACGCCGACGUUUGUGUACGAAGGGUGCGACUGUGCCCUCACCUGUCUGGACGUCAACUCGGACGGAUCGAUCGCCCUCGUGGGCUCUGAAAAUGGAUCGGUGUACGUGUUUGACCUGCGCUCGAACGACAUCAUUUCCAAAGUUCGUGCCAGUGACACUGCGAUUCAAACCUUGAGGUUUGGAAUGACCGGAGCUACGUUUACAUGCAUGUCGUCGUCGUAUGUCGCGGCCACGUUUGCAUUGAAUGGCGCGGCCGUCAGUACCCUUCGAGCGUCCCCUAAGGACGUCCCUGGCUGCAUGGUGUCGGACGGCGAGUUCGCACUGACCGGAUCGGACGACGGAGGGGUGUACAUUUGGCAGCUGAACGAGGGAGACAAGAAUGCGCUCAAAGCGUGCACGGUGUCGAUUCCCCACUCGCAUAAGAGCGCGGUGACGGCGCUGAAUGUGAGCGGAAACGGGCAGAGCAUCGUCUCGGGAGGCGGCGAUGGGUCCGUCCGCGUCUGGGCCAUGCGCAAGAAAUCCGCGCGAAGUAGGCUAGGAUUUUGAAUUGUUGAUUGUCCGGAUAAUAGAACAUCAUUCCGGA